UCUCUCUCUCUCUCUCCGUGUGAAUCCGACCAUUAAUACACACGCCUUUCUCAGACACACACAAAAGGCGCAGAAAGAAAGAAAUCCUCUAAAUUCAAAAUUAAAACCCUCAAUGGGCAAACGAGGCCGUAAGCCCAAAACCCCCAUCCCUGAAACCCUAGAUUCACCAACCACCACCGUCGCUUCCCCGCCACCACCGCCGAUAACAACCGCCGCAACGGGAUUGGACGACGCCGUCUUCUCCGUCAGCAACGUCGAGAUAAUCGAGCAGCCUCAAGCCUCUCACCCCCACCAAGAGGGUCGCCGCCGCGGCCGACCCAAGAAGCUCCGCAAGCUCACUGACAAUCCCGAGAUCAUGACCCCUUCCCGAAGAGUCCCUCGGGCAGUCGACAAUGGCGAGCACAAGGGUUCCGUGGGACCCGCUGUGGCGGUUUCGGAUCCCGGCGCGGCUUGGGAGGGCGUGGCGAGGGCGGUGCCGGCCAUGGAUGCGGUGGUGAAGGUGUUUUGUGUGCACACGGAGCCGAAUUUCUCGCUUCCGUGGCAGAGGAAGAGGCAGUAUAGCUCUAGCAGUAGUGGGUUUGUGAUUGGUGGUAGGAGGGUGCUGACCAAUGCGCAUUCCGUGGAGCAUUAUACCCAGGUCAAGCUGAAGAAGCGUGGCUCUGAUACUAAGUACUUGGCCACUGUUCUCGCUAUUGGCACCGAGUGCGACAUUGCCAUGCUUACUGUUGAUGACGAUGAGUUUUGGGAUGGAGUGUCGCCAGUGGAAUUUGGGGAUUUGCCCGCGCUUCAAGAUUCUGUGACUGUUGUGGGUUACCCGAUUGGUGGAGACACAAUUUCAGUGACAAGUGGUGUUGUAUCACGAAUAGAGAUUCUAUCCUAUGUUCAUGGGUCAACGGAACUUCUAGGUUUGCAGAUAGAUGCUGCCAUAAACUCCGGAAACUCAGGUGGGCCUGCUUUUAAUGAUAGGGGAAAUUGUGUGGGUAUUGCAUUUCAGUCCCUUAAACAUGAAGAUGCGGAGAAUAUUGGUUAUGUCAUACCCACACCAGUCAUUAUGCACUUUAUCCAAGAUUAUGAGAAGAAUGGAGCAUAUACGGGAUUUCCUAUUCUCGGGGUUGAGUGGCAGAAAAUGGAAAAUCCUGACUUGCGUAUGUCAAUGGGCAUGAAACCUGAUCAGAAGGGUGUCCGCAUUAGAAGAAUUGAUCCCACUGCUCCAGAAUCUCAGGUUCUGAAGCCAUCUGAUAUUAUUCUCAGCUUUGAUGGAGUUAAUAUUGCCAACGAUGGAACAGUUCCUUUUCGGCAUGGAGAGCGCAUAGGUUUUAGUUACCUCAUCUCCCAGAAAUAUACUGGAGACAAUUCAGUGGUUAAAGUUCUGCGUAAUUCUGAGAUUCUCAGUUUUGACAUCAAACUUGCAUCCCACAAAAGGCUAAUUCCAGCACACAACAAGGGCAGACCUCCUUCAUAUUAUAUUAUUGCAGGAUUUGUUUUUACAGCUGUCUCUGUUCCCUAUCUUCGGUCUGAGUAUGGAAAGGAUUAUGAAUUUGAAGCCCCUGUCAAGCUUUUGGACAAAAUGCUGCAUUCAUUGCCACAAUCACCAGAUGAGCAGCUUGUCGUUGUUUCUCAGGUUCUUGUGGCUGAUAUCAACAUUGGUUAUGAAGAAAUAGUUAACACUCAGGUUCUUGCUUUAAAUGGUAAGCCAGUGAAGAAUCUGAAGAACUUGGCCAGCAUGGUAGAGGAAUGCGAGGAUGAAUUUUUGAAAUUUGAUUUAGAAUACCAACAGAUGGUGGUCCUCAGAACAAAUACUGCUAAAGCAGCAACUCUAGACAUUCUUGCUACACAUUGCAUACCCUCAGCAAUGUCUGAUGAUCUGAAGACUUGAGGUUGGACUGGACGCAGGCGCAUUACGUAUUCAAUUUUGUAGCCCGCCUUCUGCAGUGUCUCAAAUAGAAAUUGUAAGACUCUGGAGGGUAAUAGCUAUGUUUUCCUAGUUUAGAUAUUUGUUUACUGGGGAGGCGUCAGGAGUAGUUGUAGACCCUCUCAGAAAAAUUCGGUAGUUUUUCAGGUGCCUCAUUGAGGAUUGUUGCUUUCUCUCUUCUUUCGAGGGAUGGAUGUAAGCAUGAAAACAUUAAAUUGAGCGACGAUGAUCCUCAAAUUUUGUUUCUUUAUACAAGUCUUCUCAACGUUGAAAGGAAACCGAAUUGGUCUUUAUGAA